AUGACUUGGGUGAACCAAUCCUUAUCAACAGAGUUUGUAUUCCUUGCUUAUCCUACCCACCCAGAGCAGCAGAUCUUGGUUUUCUUGGGGAUCAGUCUAGUCUACACCAUGAUCCUCACAGGAAACAUCCUUAUUGUGGCUGCCAUCCGGAUGGAAGCCCGCCUCCACACACCUAUGUACUACCUCCUAGGCAGCCUCUCCAUUGUGGAGAUCUUCUACACUGCAACAGUAGUUCCCCACAUCUUGGCAAACACCAUGAAGGGGCAUAAGACUAUCACCUUGCUGGGUUGUGCUACCCAGAUGGUAUUCUUCAUUGGGCUUGGUAGUGCUGACUGCUUCCUGUUGGCUGUUAUGGCCUAUGACCGUUAUGUGGCAAUCUGCUAUCCCCUGCAGUACCCUUUGAUCAUGACCCAGAAGCUCUGUGCCAAUAUGGUGGUAGCCUGUGUGGCCAUUGGGUUCAUCCUCUCACUGCAGCAGGUUGCCUUAAUCUUUCACUUACCUUUUUGCCAUUCUAAAGGGAUCGAGCACUUCUUCUGUGAUGUGCCCCCUGUGAUGCGUCUGACUUGCUCCCAUAGCCACCUCCAUCAGCUCUCAGCGCUGAUCGCAGGCACACUGGCCAUUGCCUUCCCCUUCCUCCUCAUUGCUGUUUCCUAUGCCCUUAUUACAAUGACAAUAUUGGGCAUCCAUUCAGCAUCAGGCCGCCAGCGGGCCUUCUCUACCUGUUCUUCCCACCUCAUGGUAGUCUUGCUACAGUAUGGCUGCUGCAUGUUCAUGUACCUUCGGCCAAACUCGAGCUACUCACCCAAGAAGGACCAGUUGCUCUCACUGAUAUACACACUAGGGACUCCUCUCCUCAAUCCCCUGAUCUACACACUAAGGAAUAGUGAGGUAAAGGGAGCCCUAAGACGAGUACUCACAAGAAUUAUUUUUUCCAAGAAAAGCUGUACCUAG